GAGGACAGAGGGUGUCGCUGACAGCUGUAGAAAAGAGUGGACUGGAGUAGACAAAGGGGGGUGCUGCUGGCGGCCCGCCUCCCUCCACUCCCUUCACCUUGCAAGCUUUAAAGGGUAGGACCCGCCCCUCGCCUGCGCAAGUUGUAACUGGAUGCCCGGCCCCCAGGCUUCUCGCCAGGCGCUGAGUGUGGGCCUCGUCUGGCUCCGUAAAUGGUCGUGGGUUCAAGAGCUGCCUACCACUGCAGGCACUGGCGGGCUCCUACAAUCCGCCGGGGUCGUCGGCUUUGGAGCCUACUGUCCACGGGUGGCCGCAGUGUGAGGUGCGGAGGGGCGCACACUUUGAACCGAGGCUGCUCCCCGCUCCCGCCGCUGGGGGGCAGCCUGCGGCCCACGGACCCCCCAAAAUAGCGCCAGGGUGGGGAGCCGCGGGUCCCGGAAACUUUUCCCUAGUGUCUUCGCCAACGCAGUCCGCCUCCUGCCGGCUCCGGGCGCGCCCUGCCGCGGACUGCGGGCUGCGGGCUGCGGGCUGCGGACUGCGGACUGCGGACUGCGGACGGCGCACUCGGCCCGGGUCGCCUCUGCGGAGCCGGAGCAGAACCCCGGGAAGGAGGCGCGAGGCUGCAGCGCGCGGGGCUGCACGCGGCCCGGAGAGCCUGCGCCUGUGCCCCCAGCUCGCGGCCGCCGGCGGGCAGGUCAUGGGGGAGGCGCCCAGCCCCUCGCCCGCGCUCUGGGACUGGGACUGGACGGACCUGGAUCGCUGCUUUGCCCGCCGCAACGUCUGCGUCUCCUUCGCCCUGUGGGUCUGCGCAGCCUGCUGCUGGAUCGCCACCCACGCGCUGCUUCUCUAUCUGAGGUGCGUGAAGAAAGCCAGGUGGGGCCAUUCGGCCCUGUGUGCUGCGUGCUGCCUCCUGACCAGCCUGUGUGAUGCCACCGGAGCGGUUCUGGCCAAACAGCUCACCAUCCAGGUUUUCACUGGGGCCUAUCUCGCGGCUGUCGACCUGGUCAGCUUUGUGUCCAUCCUCUUCCCUGUCUGCGGCUCCAGGUUCACCUCUAAUUCAGGUCCAGAGUCCAGGCAGAGGAAGAGGAGACGGCAGCUCAGGGCUGCCUGAGCUGUUGUGUUGGCCCUGCCACUGAGCCUGGGCCCAGGCUGGCUUCUCUGGGCAGCUGUCCCGAAGACAUCAGGCCUCAUGCGAGGGCCCCAGCGGAGGCUUCUGGAAAGUCUUCUGCAGGACAAGACUGAAAUCCUCGGUUACCUGCUAGGUGCCAUCGCAGCCUGCGGCUCCUGGGCAUCCCAGAUCCCCCCACUCUCCAGAAUUUGCCAGGGUAAAGCCUUUUCCUCCAUCCAUCUGUGGGCCCGUUUCCUGUCGGCCUUGGCCAGCCUCCUCUACGCCUCAGCCAUCGUGGCCCAUGACCAACGGCCUGAGUCCCUGCUUCGGGCCACACCCUGGUUCCUGAUGUCCCUCGGCCAUGCUGCACUGGACCUUGCUAUCAUAUUCCUCUCCUGGGUGAUGAAGAACAAAAUGAGGCACACCUUGGGCUUUGCCUCCGAAUCCAGGGGGAGCCCCGACACUCAAGCCCUUUUGACCUACACAGAAAAAAAGGAAGAAAAUGAGAAUUUGGACUGGGUGCCUCUCACCACACUGCCACACUGCAAACCACCCAGGACGAUGGCAGCCAUCAGUCGCUACAUGGAGCUGACCAUCGAGCCAGUGCAGCAGGCAAGCAGCAGUGCCACCAGGCUGCCGGGCGAUGGGCAGACGAGCGUUGGGGACAUGUCCCUGCAGGAGCCUCCGUCAUACCCUCCAGUUCAGGUCAUCCAGGCACAUGUGACUUCCAGCAGUGACUCGGAAGCCUCCUCCAUCAGCUCAGACCUCGAGCAGAAGUAUUGGGAUACCCUAAACUCGGAGCAGUGGGAUCCUGAAGAUGUAAAUCUUGAAAGGAACAUAGACAGUCUGGAGAUACCCAGAUCCCAACUGCACAGCUGUUUUAGGAGACCAAUGAAUGAACUUGACCUCUGAUAACUAACACCUUCUGGAGCUCAUCGGCCCAGAGGCCAAGGUCAAGCGUGACAUCAACUUCUGGUGACACCAAUAGCAAAAUGUAGGUUUCUGCAGAGGCUGCCCAUGACACUGAAGAAUUGUCACUAAACUUGGCCAGUCUGCAUCAUUGCUCAGGUGGAAUGAAGAUGUUGGGUCCCAUGACUGGCCCUGGAAAUGCCCAAGGUUUGUUCUGAAGACUGAAUGUUUGUGCACCAACCACUUUUGCUUUGAAAUAUGAACUUCUGGCCAGGGGUAGAUAGCAUAAUGGUUAUGCAAAGAGAUUCUCAUGCCUGAGGCUCCAAAGUCCCAGAUUCAGUCCUUGAACCACCAUAAACCAGAGCUGAGCAGUGCUCUGGGAAGGAAGGAAGGAAGGAAGGAAGGAAGGAAGGAAGGAAGGAAGGAAGGAAGGAAGGAAAAGAAAAAGAAUGAAAGAACUGGGCGAUGGCACACCAGAUUAAAUGCACGUAAUACCAACUGCAAGGAUCCCAAUUGGAGCCCCCGACACCCCACCUGCAGGAGGGUCGCUCCACAGGUAGUGAAGCAGGUCUGCAGGUAUCUCUCUCUCUCCCUCUCUAUGUUUCCACUCCUCUCUCUAUUUCUCUCUGUCCUAGCCAAUAAAAUGGAAAGGGUGGUCUCCAGGAGCAGUGGAUUCAUAGUGCCAGCCAAAGCUGCAGUGAUAACCCUGGAGGCAAGAGAGAGAGA